AUGGCUACCGAAGUCAUCGCCUCAGUUGCGUCCAUGGCUACAUCUACCGCCACAGCCACAUUCCUCUCGUCUGCCGCACCACCACAAUCCUACGACAAGGACGACUCCAACGGGGAGUGCUCGUUACUGGGCUCCUUUGCGCUACUUGUCCAGGGCGCGCUCGGUGCUCUGGCUCUGCUCUCUCUUGUCUAUAAGCGCUGGCGGGAGCGGCCUCAGCGACCUCUCAAGAUUUGGUGCUUCGAUGUCUCCAAGCAAGUCUUUGGUUCCGUGCUUGUUCACAUUGCCAACAUCUUCAUGUCCAUGUUGACAAGCGGCCGCUUCUCAGUCCAAGUCGAUCCGUCAGCAGCAACCGUGACCACGCGUUCCGAUGACGAUGACUAUGCACCGAACCCGUGCUCUUUCUACCUCCUCAACCUCGCCAUUGAUACUACUCUAGGUAUCCCUAUUCUUAUCGUUCUCCUCAAGAUCUUGACCGGUCUUGUCCGCUUUACGCCCGUUGGUCAACCUCCUGAGUCUGUCCAGUCAGGCAACUACGGCAGCCCACCCAAAGUCUGGUGGUGGUUGAAACAAUCUGUCAUCUACUUCUGUGGUCUAUUUGGAAUGAAGGUCUGCGUCCUUAUCAUCUUCAUCAUGAUGCCCUGGAUCUCAAAGGCUGGCGAUUGGGCUCUCGGCUGGACAGAGGGCAACGAGAAGCUCCAGAUCGCGUUCGUUAUGAUGAUUUUCCCUCUCAUCAUGAACGGUUUGCAGUACUACAUCAUCGAUUCGUUCAUCAAACUGAAGGAUACCGAUUACGAGACCCCGAACGCCAACGAUUCUGACGACGAAGGCCGGCGCAGGAGGUACGACGACAGUGAGGAUGAAACCUCACGCGUAAGACUCGUCGAUUCAGAGCACGAGACCGAUGACGAGAGCGACGAGGAGACCGCUAAGCCCGCCUUACGUUCUGCGCGUCCCACCAAGGAUAGGAUAUCGGUGGAGUACGAUCCUGAACGUGAUGGCGACGAUCGGACGGUCAUAGGAAGUGGUUCAAGCGCCCGAGAUCCGAAGGACAAGGUUCCUACGGAGUUAUACCCUAAGGAAUAG